AUGGAUAACACCGACUAUCAGCAAAACAUCACAGUUCAAUACUGCUUUCCUGACAACAAUGCAUCUUGCAGAAAGGAGCUCCACACUCCAACCAACCUGCUGAUCCUCUCUCUGGCUGUGGCAGAUCUUAUUGUAGGACUGUUUGUUAUGCCUGUGAAAAUAAUGCAACUUUUUGACUCUUGUUGGUAUCUUGGAAAAGUGGCAUGCUCUGCUUCUGAAAUAAUUAUUGGCCUCUCAGUCUUAGCAUCUCUCUACAACCUAGUUUUCAUUGCAGUUGAUCGUUAUGUUGCUAUCAGUGAUCCUCUACUUUAUUCUAGUAGAAUAACUGUUUGUAAAAUAUCUGUGUGCAUCAUUUUAGGUUGGUCUUUUUGUCUACUGUACCUUAUUGUUUUUAUGUACUUUAAUGACCACCUCACUCCCUCUCAGAUGUACAACAGAUGUUAUGGAGAGUGUGUAGUUUUUAUAAAAUUUUCCUGGGCAAUCGCUAAUGUGCUAUUUUUUUUCCUAGCCCCUUGCUCUGUUAUACUUAUCUUGUAUUCAAUCAUUUUUAAUGUGGCAAGACGUCAAGCUAAAGCUGUUCGAGCUGUGAUGAAUGGUGCCUCAAACAAACAUGGAGCCAAAGUUUCAAACUCUUCUGAAACUAAAGCAGCAAAAACGCUGGGAAUUGUAAUUUGUGUUUUUCUUGCUUUCUGGAUACCAUUUUAUGUAAGUUCUUUAUCAGUUAAAAGCUUGACAACUUUGUCAAUGGUCUGGACAGUGUUUGGCUUCCUAAUGUGCACUAACUCUUUUGUUAACCCACUAAUUUAUGCUAUAUUCUAUCCAUGGUUCCGAGAAUCAGCCAAGUAUAUUUUAACUUGUAGAAUAUUUGAAUCCUCAUCUUCAAUGUUUAAUUUGUAUAGAGAGCAUUCUAAACUCAAAGCUGAAUCCUGCUGA